CUCUUGUUUUUCGGACGAUCUGCACUUUUUGUUGCAGGUCGGGAUUUUCCUGGUGUUCUCAGAGGAUCUCCACUUUCUGGACGUCAAAAUGUUGAAGCUGAUCGGUUCUUUUCGGCCUGCAGCAGCAGCCCUUCUAAGAACUGCUUCUGCUGCACAGCCUAGUGCCAGGCUCUCCACUGGACCCCAGCAAGAACAGAGAACCUUCUAUGAGUUUCGUACCUACAGCAUCCGGCCAGACCAGAACGCUGCUUUCCACAAACUGACCAAUGAGAAGAUCCAUCUGCGCACUGCUCACUCUGAGCUGAUUGGCUACUGGAGUGUGGAGUACGGCGGCCUCAACCAAGUCUUCCAUAUAUGGAAAUAUGACAGUUACGCUCAGCGGGCAGGUGUGCGGGCAGCCCUGGCUCAGGACCCCUCCUGGAUCUCAGAGUACAUCUCAAAGGCCUUACCCAUGUUAACAUCACAGGAUAACGAGGUGACAUACAUGGUACCAUGGAGCCGUCUAAAGAACCCACCGCAGGAGGGUGGUGUCUAUGAGUUGGUGACGUUCCAGAUGCGUCCAGGGGGUCCUGCAGUUUGGGGCAGCGCCUUCCAGGCUUCAAUGACCUCACAUGAUGCUCCGGGGUACGGGACGUUGCUGGGAGCAUUCCACAGCGAGUUUGGGCUGCUGAACAGAGUGCACGCCCUCUGGUGGUUUGAAAGUGCUGAUCAUCGAGCUGAAAUUCGUCACAAAGCUCACACUGAUGCCAGGGUGGUUGCAGCAGUCAGGAACAGCGUCGUCCAUCUGGAUUCUCAGAGAAACCAGCUCCUGUUUCCAUGCUCUUUCUCUCCCAUGAAGUAACCUCAUGCUGUUUCCAAAACAACAGCUCCAAUCAUCUUGAGUGUGAGGCACCUGUUACUGAGCUCCGCAUUCUUCCCUAGACGGGCCAAUCAAAGCUCACCAGCAUGAGCUCUACCACUGAGCUGUGAUCUUCAGCUGCUGCAUGGACAACCUGACCUCACUGUGACCUUAAAGAUAUGCUGAGUUUCUGAUCAAACCCGAACUGAAAAAUAAAGACGAGUGCUGGAAACGUAUUCUUUAAUAAAACUUUUCUUUACUGGUA